AUGUAUGCAACAUCGAAGAAUACUAUGCCACAAAGAUCAUUAGCCUCACAAAUGUGUGUCAUCUGUUUGCAUUUAACGCAGCGCUUUUUAACGCUACGAUUUCUUUUCGGUCUUUUCACGGGAAUUUUUUUUACAAUAAUUAUCUAUCAUCGUAAUGAAUCAGUAGUAGAUAAACAACCGCAUUUUCGUGCUGAUCAAUCGAAAUUUGAAUAUGAAAAGAAUCAAUUAUUGCCUGAUGACGUUAGUGUCAAAACUUCAGCAGGAUGGAAUAGUUCUUGGGAUGGUUUAAAACGAGAAACAUCUGCAUUACGGCAUCUAUAUUUAAUCCGACAUGGUCAAUAUUUUGAUAAUGCUCAAAGUUUAAGUGAAAUGAAGUUGACUAUUCUCGGUCGAGAACAAUUGAAAUACACUGGUAUUCGUCUGAAUCAAAUGAACAUUCAAUUUAAUCGUCUCAUUCAUUCCGAUGCGAAUCUCACUGAAGGUUUACCUGUUGCACCGGUUCCAUAUGCGGGUAUUUCUCAACGAGAUGUUGAUAGUUAUGGUGACAAAGCUCGAAUCGACGCAGCAUUCGCAACAUAUUUCCAUCGCGCACGUCAUAAUCAACCUCGAGAAACACACGAUAUUCUUGUAUUUCACGCGAAUCUACUGCGUUAUUUCAUCUGCAAAGUGAUGCAAUUUCCAACUCAAGCAUGGUUACGUAUGACAUUGAAUCAUGGUUCUAUCACGCAAAUAACGAUUCUAAGCGAUGGAAGUAUCAUAAUGAAAAGUAUGGGUGAUAGCGGCUUUAUUCCAGCUAAUAAAGUGACAUUUUAA